AUGUUCAUCAUGUUCACCGUUUCAUUCGCCACAUUCACAGAUAUUCUCAUGUACUGCUUGACUGUACCCGUCACUCCAACAGCAUUGGAACGCAAAGUUGGCAUUGCAGAAGACAAGGCCUUCUCUCCUGUCGUCGGCUACCUAGCUGAUCGAGCUCAAUCUCGACGAUGGCCGCUUCUACUCGGACUGGUUGCACUGGGAGCUGCAACCGCCUUACUAUGCAUCGGUACCCACAUCGGUCUCUGGAUUGCAGGCCGCUUGUUCCAAGGAGCUGCCUCUGCAGUCGUAUGGACUGUUGGUGUCGCUCUUAUGGUUGACACUGUAGGCAAAGAUGGCCUCGGCCAGGCAAUUGGGUAUGUGGCUAUGUCACUGAGUUUGGGCACAGUGAUAGGUCCUCUUUUGGGUGGAGUCCUCUACGAAUAUGGAGGGUAUUAUUCUGUAUUUGGACUCGCCUUUGGAUUUAUCGGCAUCGAUAUAUUUCUUCGAUUGGUCUUGAUUGAGAAGAAACACGCCUUGCCAUGGAUAAAACCAGACGAAAUUCCGUUGCCGGUUUCCGACCAAUAUGAUGCCGAAAAGGCACAUACGAGUAACGAGGUCGUUUCCUCGGUUCUUGUCAGUUCUUCUGUGACAACAGAAGAGAAUCCUUUACCAAGAAGCUCUAUACGCCAACUAACGUCUCUUUUAAGCUCCUGCCGUUUGAUCGUGUCGCUGUGGGGGUAUCUAGUCGUCUCUCUAAUGCUCUCCUCCUUCGACAGCGUUCUCACAAUAUUUGUUCAAGAGGUAUUUGGAUGGCAGCAGACGGGCCAAGGACUAAUAUUCAUUGCUUUGAUGAUCCCACAUCUUUCAGACCCCAUCACAGGAAUGAUAAUCGACCGCUUUCCAAAGUCUCCCCGCUACCUUGUUUCGAUCGCAUUCCUCUGCGCAGUUCCGCUCGCAACACUCCUACGCCUCGUGAAAGAAAAAACAAUGCACGAUAAGAUCAUUUUGUGCGCCCUAUUAGCUUUACUGGGUCUCUGCAUUGCCGUCGCCAUGACACCACUUAUUGCAGAAGUGUCUUACGCGGUACAGGAAAGAGAGGAUCAGUGUCCAGGGAUAUUUGGCGAGAGCGGGGCUAUGGCUUUGGCAUUUGGACUUUCAAAUAUGGGAUUUGCGGCUGGCAGUCUUGUUGGGCCGUUUUUUGCUGGCUUUAUCAAGCAGAGUGCUGGUUGGGGUACAAUGGGUUGGGCUAUGGGGUUGAUUGCUGGCGUGUCUGCCCUUCCUAUUUUCUUAUUUAUGGGGGGUUGGAUUCUGAGAAAGCCUUCAGCUACUGUAUGA